AUGGCGCGGGUGUGGCAGCACCCAUUCCUCAACGUCUUCAGACAAUUCAAGGUGGACGAGUGGAAGCGGUCCACCAAGGAGGGUGACGUGGCCACGGUGAUGGACAAGACCCUAAAGUGCACCGUGUAUCGGAUCAGAGGCACUAUCUCCGCCAGCAAUUACAUCCAGCUCCCCAAAACCAGCUCGCAGUCCCUGGGGCUGACGGGACGCUACCUGUACCUGCUUUUCCGGCCCCUGUCCACCAAGCACUUCGUCAUCCACCUGGACUUGUCCACUGAGGAGAGCCAGGUCAUCCGUGUAUCCCUUUCCAACCUCUUCAAGGAAUUUAAAUCUACAGCCACGUGGCUUCAGUUCCCUUUUCUUUGUGAAGGGACAUCCAGGAAAGACCUGGCAGGUGUGCCUCCCCCUGCUGCCCGCUGGACCUGCCUACAGCUGGACCUGCAUGACAUCCUCCUUGUGUACCUGAACCAGCGCUACAACCACCUCAAGGGUGUCCGGCUGUGUGCCAGCCUGCUGGUCCGAAGCCUCUACACCAGCGAUCUGUGCUUCGACCCAGCUGUCACUGCCGCCGAGGCCCGGUGGGCAAAGCUGCCCGUCACCCCCAUGCCUCGAGAAAUGGCAUUUCCAGUGCCCAAGGGGGAGAACUGGCACGAUCACUACAUUCACAUCCGGUUUCCAAGCGACAGCCCAGCAGCGCCCCCCAAGCUGGUUCAGAGGAACUGUUCCCCUCCUGAGGCAGACUUCCCGAGACAUGUGCCACAGCUUCUCCCUCGUCCAGUGCCCUUCUGCAAGUCCAGACAGGACAGCGUGUCCCCUGUGGUCCAGGUGCUUGGCCCCGCAGCUUCUGGGCGGGCCUCCUCGGGGCUCCCUGCAGAGGAUGGCCUGUCUGAAUGCUCCGAAGUCUCCAUCGGGGGUGGCUCCAGGGUCCACAGACGACGGCUGUUGGCCAGCACGAAGGCCACUGACAGGCACGUUCGUAACUUGGCCGUGGAGUCCAAGGCCCCGGAGGACGUGACCAAGCCUGAGAGCCUCCUGCCAGACCCUGUCCUGAGGCUCAAGAAAGUCAUUGGCUUCGGGGGCCACAGCACUAAAUGGGCCCUGUGGACCAAGGAUGGGGCUGCUGUGGUGUACCCUUGCCAUGCGGUCAUUGUGGUCCUGUGCGUGGACACCCGGGAACAGCGCUUCUUCCUCGGCCACACGGACAAGGUCUCUGCCCUGGCAUUGGAUGGGAGCAACUCUCUGCUGGCCUCAGCCCAGGCACGCCCCCACAGCAUGCUGCGCCUCUGGGACUUCCAGACCAGGAGCUGCCUGUCCCUGUUCCGGAGCCCUGUCCACACCGUCUGCUCCCUCAGCUUCUCCGACAGCGGGGCACUACUCUGCUGCAUUGGCAAGGACCGCCACGGGAAGAUGGUGGUGGUGGCGUGGGGCACUGACCAGGUGGGGCAAGGCGGUGAGGCCGUCAUUCUCGCAAAGGCAAACACUGACGUUGACAUCCAGGCGUUUGAGAUUGCCCUUUUUAAUGAAACCAGGAUGGCGUCAUGCGGGCGGGGCAAUGUGCGGCUGUGGCGGCUUCGAGGCGGGGGCCUGUGCUCCUGCCCCGUGGACCUGGGGGAGCAUCACGCACUGGAGUUCACUGACCUGGCCUUCGGGAAGGCCCAGGAUGGCCGCAUGCUCUACGUCUGCAGCCGGAGUGGUCACAUCCUGGAGAUUGACCACCAGCGCAUGGCUGUGCGGUGCGCUCGCUACCUCCUGCCCAUGGAGACUCCCAGCAGCCCCCUCCCACAGAAGCAGGCCUUCAGCACGGGUCCUGGCAUCGCCAUCAGCAGCCUCAGCAUCUCCCAGGCGGAGUGUGCGGUGGGCUCGGAGGACGGCUGCCUGCGCCUCUGGCCCCUGGAUUUCUCCUCGGUGCUCCUGGAGGCAGAGCAUGAGGGCCCCAUCAGCUCAGUCCGACUCAGCCUCAACGGCUUGCGUGUGCUGUCCACCACCUCCUCGGGCCACCUGGGCUUCCUGGACAUCCCCUCCCGGGAGUAUAACGUGCUGGUGCGCUCCCACGCUGCCCCGGUGCUGGCCCUCGCCACCGAGUGCAACCGAGGACAGCUGGCCACCGUGUCCCAGGACCACACCGUCCGAGUCUGGGACCUGGCGACCCUGCAGCAGCUCUACGACUUCACGUCGCCCGAGGAAGCGCCCUGUGCGGUCGCCUUCCACCCCACGCAGCCCGUCUUCUUCUGCGGCUUCGGCAGCGGGGCCGUCCGUUCCUUCAGCCUGGAGGCCACCAGGGUCCUGGAGGAACACAGGUGUCACCAAGGAGCCAUCACUAGCCUGGUCAUCAGCCCCGAUGGCAGCCUCUUGUUCAGCGCCUGCUCUCAGGGCACCCUGGCCCAGUACCACUGCGCUGCCACUUCCUGCCGUGUCCUGCGUGUUGCAGCUAACGUGGUGUGCCGGGAUGCCCUCCCACGUCCAAACGCCUUGGCCGUCAGUGCGGACAACCGCUUGCUGGCUUUCUUGGGCCCCUUUAAGUACAUGGUGACCAUCAUGGACGCAGCCUCCCUGGAUGAUCUGCUGCGGAUUGAUGUCAGCGCCCUGGAUCUGGCCAGCAGCGGCCUGGACUCGGCUGAGGCUGUCUGCUUCAGCCCCGCCCCUCGCAGCCACCUGCUGGUGUCCUUGUCCUCCAACAAGCUGGUGGUGCUGGACGUCACAUCGGGCCGCAUGGUUCGGGAGUUUUGUGACAUGCACCCCGUAUCCUGCUCCGCCCUGGCUCUCAGCAGCGAUGCCCGCUUGCUGCUGACAGCUGCCGACCGUGCCAUCAAGGUGUGGGACUACCUAACGCAGUCCAGCCCCAGCUGCCAGGUGUACAUCGGCCACUCGGAGCCCGUGCAGGCCGUGGCCUUCACCCCGGACCAGCGGCAUCUCCUCAGCGCGGGGGAUGCCAUCUUCCUCUGGGACGUCCUGGCCCCCCCUGAGAGCGUCCGAAGCUCCCCUGGACUCCCCCCAACCAGCCCAAAUGCAAGACAGCAGGAGGAUGUGUUUUCCGGGACCAACGGGCUCCCUCGGUGUCAGGUGCCCGUGCCAUUCCAGGCAGCCCCACCCCAGCUGAGCAUCUGUGCUGGGCCCUUAGAGGGCGGUGAUGGCACUUCCUCUGCGUCAGAUGAAGGACCCUCUGAGGAGAGCCCCAGCCCUGAAGGGCUCUGCCAGGGCCCAGGCCCGCCCUUGCUGGUGCAGAAGGAGGCCUGUGGGGCUGGAGACAGGGCCACAGGGGUCCCUUGGGACCUCAGCGUGCUGCCCCACCCCCACGGCCAGCCUAGUAAGCAAGGUUCCUGGAGCAUCAGGGGAGCCAGGACCCAGCCCACUGCCCGCCCAGACGCCUACAGACACUUCACAGCGCGCUACAAAGCCUCCCUUUUGGCCAAGAAUGUGUCCUCCCCGCCUGCCGGGGCUGAGUGGCUGCACCUGAAGGCUGUUGUGGGCUACAACGGGAAUGGGCGUGCCAACGUGAUCUGGAGGCCAGACACAGGUUUCUUUGCGUACACCUGCGGCUGCCUGGUGGUGGUGGAGGACCUGCACUCCGGCUCCCAGCAGCACUGGCUCGGCCACUCCGAGGAGAUCUCUACGCUGGCUCUCAGCCACAACGCCCAGGUCCUGGCCUCUGCCUCUGGGAGUGGUGGUGCCGCCUCUGGCUGCCAGAUCCGCAUCUGGGAUGUGCCCGGGGGUUCCUGCCAGCAGCUCCUUUCUCACCACCGCACCGCUGUGCAAGCCCUAGCUUUCUCACGGGACGAUCGGCUCCUUGUCACACUAGGGGACUAUGGAGACCGGACCCUGGCGCUGUGGAGCAUGGCCACCUAUGAGCUCGUUUCGUCUACCCACCUCCCGGAGCCGGUGCACGACAUGGCCUUCAGCCCCUGGGGCGCCGGGGAGCUCGCCUGCGUGGGCCAGGGCGCCCUCACCGUGUGGCUCCUGCAGCAGCGAGGGCCCGACAUCAGCCUCCAGGCCCACCGAGAGCCCAUCCCCGAGACGGUGGGGGCGGGCGAGUUGACGUCCCUGUGCUACGGGGCCGAGCCCCUGCUGUACUGCGGCUCCAAUGCCGGCCAGGUCUGUGUCUGGGACACGAGUGCCAGCCGGUGCUUCCUGGCCUGGGAGGCUGACGACGGUGAGAUCGGAGUGCUGCUGUGCUCGGGGUCGCGGCUGGUCAGUGGCAGCAACACCAGGCGGCUGCGCCUGUGGGCCGUGGGGGCCGUGCCGGAGCUGCGGCGCAAGGGCUCUGGAGCCAGGUCCAGCUCUGUGUUCCUGGAGCGCGAGCUGACCCUGGACGGGGCCAUCGUGAGCGCCGUCUUCCACGACAGCAUGGACAUGGGCGUGGUGGGCACCACGGCAGGCACGCUCUGGUAUGUCAGCUGGGCCGAGGGCACCAGCACCCGCCUCAUCAGCGGCCACAGAAGCAAGGUGAACGAGGUGGCCUUCAGCCCCAGCGAGUCCCACUGUGCCACAUGCGGGGAUGACGGGAGUGUGAGGGUGUGGUCCUUGUCCAGCAUGGAGCUGGUGAUCCAGUUCCAGGUGCUGAACCAGAGUUGCCUCUGCUUGGCUUGGAGCCCCCCGUCCUGUGGCCGCCCAGAGCAGCAGCACGUGGCGGCAGGUUACAGUGAUGGCACACUGCGUGUGUUCAACAUCUCCCGGAUCUCCAUGGAGCUCAAGAUGCACCCACACCGGGCCGCACUGACAGCCAUCGCCUUCUCCGCUGACGGUCAGACCAUCAUCUCUGGAGACAAGGAUGGGCUUGUGGCUGUGAGCCAGCCACGCACAGGGCUGACCUUCCGUACGCUGAGUGACCACCGGGGUGCCCCCAUCUCUACCAUCCAGAGCACAAGCAAAGAGAAUGGAGCCUUCGGGGUGGAGGGCACAGACCUGUGGUUGGCGGCCAGCGGGGACCAGCGGGUCAGCAUCUGGGCCUCCAACUGGCUGCGGGACUGCUGUGAGCUUGUGGACUGGCUGAGCUUCCCGGCACCGAUCCUCAGGGAGGCUUCAGACUGCUCUCCACCCUCCCUCGCCGCCUUCUGUCCCUGGGAUAGGACACUGCUGGCGUGUGCAGGCCUCGGCCCACAUCCAGAGGUGGUCUUUUACAGCCUCUGCCAGAAGCAGGUGGUGAAGAAGAUCCCACUCCCUUUCUUUGCUGUGUCCCUGAGUCUGUCCCCCAGGGCCCACUCCAUGGCCAUUGGCUUUGCUGAGCGUGUGCUGAGGCUGGUGGACUGUGUGUCAGGGGCUGCACAAGACUUUGCUGGCCACGACGACUGGGUACAGCUCUGUAGGUUUGCCCCGUCUGCCAGUCUGCUCUUCACGGCGGCCCACAACGAGAUCUUGGUGUGGGAGGUCACAGGCUGCUGA